AUGGGGCGACGCGUGUCGUUCGCGGAUCCGGCGCAGUUGGAGAGCGUGCGAGAGUUUAUUAAGGAGGAGGAGGAACGAGAGAAGAGCGGAGAGUCGUACCAGAGCGGCGCGCAGAGCGAGGGUGUGCCCGCGGGGUUCGGACUCGUGGAAGAGACGAGCGUGGACGUGAUACCCAUGGUACAAGGUGAUCGCACGGAGACGUUCGAGUUUAAGGCUGCGCAGGAGACUUUGACGACGAACGUCGCGGCGGCGGGAGAAGGGACGCCGUCGCCGCUCGAGCGUGGCGAUGGAGUAUCUUUUUCCUUGUCUCCGGUCAUCGAGAGCGAUGGUGACGCGUCGAAUAGCGCCCAAUUAAAUAGUGAGGGGAAGCACACGCCGGGCAAGCGACGCGCGAGCAUUGGACGCGUGGCGACGCCGAACUCGGCGGAUCAAACGGGGACGUUUACGUUUAACGCUUCGCAGAAUAUGGAUGAAGUCACGGGUGAGGUACCGACGAUGGGUGCGUUAAUCGACGCCGACGACGUGACGGAAAAUAUCACCGGUGCUGUUCCGUCGUUGGCGAAUCUUUUGAGCGCCGAUGAGUCGCCGCUUGGGUACAGACCGACGCCGACGCGGGGCUCCAAGGCGGACGCGACGGAGGACAUCACGGGCACUGUGCCGUCGCUCGCCGCGCUCGCUGACGAAGACGAGGAACAAAACGCCUCCGCGGCUCAGAGUGAUCAAGAAGGUGGUGAGAUGGACAUGGACAUGGGUAACACCACCGACGGUCUUCCCACGUUCGAUCCGUUGGUUGACGCCACGCAACGCGCCGUCGAUCAGGCGCACGCGAGCGCGCUCAACUUGGCAAACACUGUGAUGAUGGACGAAGCGACGAUGGCGUUCACUGUGGGUGCGCCCACGCCUAGUUCCGUCGCGCCCGGUCCGACGCCUUCGUUGACGUUUGCAUUCGACGAUAAGAAGGAUAACCGAGCGAGCGUUGGGGCGCCGCCGCCAUCCGUCACCGCAAACACGCGACCGUUCAAUUUGACCGAUUCCACGAAUUUGGAUUUGCAGCGCCAAGCCAAGGGUGGCAUGGGCACCGAUACCUUCAACUACGUCUACGGACCGAACGGUGAUAUGGUACCGACUGAGGGUACGACCGCGACGCAAUCAGUCGCCGCGCCGCAACCCUCCGCGAUGGAUUUUCCAACCGCGGAAGUCACGGGUGCUGACGUGCAGGUGGCUGUCGGGGUCACGCCCGCGAAUACCGCCGGUGUCACGGCGACGCCGAACACUGACGGAUCCAUCGCGAGCUCACACGAUGGCUUUACGCCUGGUGACGAGUCUUUGCGCAUGGCGGAGCUCUUGCGUCAAAAGCAGCACGGCGACGAGGCGUUGAUGAGCAUGAGAAAGGUGUACCAAGAUAGAACGACACCGAUGCACGGACGUUACGGCGCGCCGCCGGCGAUGCAAGCGUUCACGCCUUCGAGGACGAUCACGAUGGGUGGUACCAAUUUCAUGCAGUUUGGUGGUAUCGGUACGCCGGGCGCAGCGAUGCACAACCCGCUCUUUGGCACGCCUGGCGGUCACACGGGCACGAUGUUGCAAGGCCUCCCCACGUCGCUUCCGCCGAUUCCGGACGCCUUGAUGCACUCCAAACCGAUCGAUUUGGAGACGUUCUUCUACGCUUGUGAGAUUUCCUUCAUGGAAGCGAAGAACUUAGGACGUCGUUCAUCCAUUGCCAUGGGCGCGCUUGCCACAGCGCCGCCGCCGGAGACGCAACCCGAAGCUUUGAAGCUGUGUUGCCUGACCGCACCGCUCAUCGAAGCGCUGGAAGGGUUCCACGAGCAGCUCCAAGAGCGAAUGACGACGCUCACUAGCGAAACGGACAAGUUGCGAUCGACAGUCGAGGCGACGCAGCCGCCAUUGUUACGUUACGCCGCGUCCGACGAUCCGGCGCACGUCAACGAGUUGCGUCGUGCGGGCAAGGCGCUGAAAAAGGAAUGCCAACUCGCGGCUAAGGAGCGAUUCGCGCAGCAGCGAUUGGAGACAGAAGAACUCGUGCGCGAAAGUUUGAACUUCCACAGCGAUAUCCUGGCGAAGAGCGCGCAAAGCAUCGCGAACUCGCGAGCCAUCGCGGCGGAGGCGAUUUCGAGCGCCAAUGGCCACAUCAUCAAGCUCCGGGCGCAGCGAGCGGCGAGCUCUAAGCGUGCUGAUGCGGCGAAAUCCGCCUCAGCGACCAAGGAACAAGUUUUGGAAGCUCUUGCGAUCAAACGCGCUGCGAUAGCCGCCGCACGUCGCGCUUUAACGACCAGUGAUGAAAAUUUGGUUCGCAUGAAGUCGCGAAAGACGACCAUCAAGUCUGAGCGCGAGCGUUUGCAAGAAGAACUUGACGCCAUGCGUGAGGCGCAAGACGCGGCGGCGGACGCGACGGUGAGUUUCAAAUCGUUCGGCGGUGUUGACAUGGACGACACGCCUUCUCGAUUACGCAGAGCGAGUCAAGUGAGGCUUCGCGCCAAGGCAAAGAAUGCUCAAAGUGCGAGCGAAGAGCUCGGCGUGUUGAGCGGACUCGCGCCGUGGCGUCUCGAAGGCGUCGGUGGACCGGUGGGGGCGGAACUGACGAUGCGUGUCGGUACACUGUUCCGAGUGACGCUCGAUGCGAGCACUGGUGCCGGUCGUGUCACGUUGAUCGACGGUCCGGAGACCACGCCGAAGGGUGGACGUCAGUUCGCCGCGGCUUUGGCUGGCGCGCCUAUCGCUUGGGACGAAGACGCCGUGCCCGCAGGACAUGUCGCUGGUGUCUUACAAGAGCUCGCGCCGAAGCUUUCUCGCGCCGAGCGCGUGCUGGAAGAAACUGAAGGAUGCCGAAACGAGUUUCCUCGACUGAAUAGAAUCAAGUGUAGCCCCAAUGGUGUGCUCGAGCUCACCUUCGUCGAUUUUGCCAACGAGCGCUUGUUUAGCGUCAAGCUCAACAUGAUGGGUGGUGCCUAUCCCUACGGAGCUCUGAGCCCCGAGGUCACGGUGCAACUCACUGGGAAGAAGGGUGUCAGCGAGUUACCGAGCGUUGAAGCGAUUCAACGCGCCGUGAACGCCGUGCCCGUCGGACCGCGCCGUUUGACAAACGUGUGCCGCAUUUUAGAUUCCAUAGUCAGCACGGGGAAGAACGCUUUGACGUCGUUCGCGUCCAUGCCCGCCCCGGCACCGCGAAGACCGUCACACGCACCUUCGCUCCUGUAUGCUCGUUAG